AUGAUUGAUAGGUACUUGCUGUCAAAAAAGUUGCGGUUCAAGUUUGAGAAAAGAUUCCAUGCUAGCAGAAGGAGUGACAUCUUGGAACUAAAGCGAAAGCUUGAGAACGCACAGUUCGAUCGGCUUCCCAUGGGUAUUCCUAUUGACGACUCUGUGUACAUACCCGCAAAAAGUCGCGUUCCACUUGAGGUGCUUCAAGAUGAGCAUAAACGAUGGCUCAUGCAAGAAAGCGAGGAUGCCUACUCGCGAGUCGUAAUUAAUGGCAAACCGUACAGCUCUAAAGAGUACUGGCGGCAGUCUCUUCACAGCAGACAGGACACGGUCUUCAUCAAGGGAAAUGAAGACGGAAGAGAGAUGAAAGCAUUUGCUUCUAUUGUGCUGUUUGUGUAUGAUCGCGCAACCAAAUCUUUGCGAGUUCUCUUAGAGGAGUACGAAUUUUCUGAUCCUUUCCAACAUUUAUAUGAGGUCAUCCAACAUGCUGAGCAUCCUCUACAAACUGUAGGUAUAGAGCUGAUGAAUACUGUUCGCGAACAUAACCUUUUCUUCUACGAAUUGAAACAAAGCCUAACUCGAAUUCGCCCUGCUUCUUUUAUCCAGAGAUCUUGCACUUAUAUGGAAUAUGCUGGUCGUAAAUAUGCCUCAAUCACUGAUUGA